AUGAUUCAUGUUGCAGUUCAAUGUGAUCCUAGUCAACCUGAAUUGUUACUAUCCUGUAUGUAUGGGUACUGUGAUUAUUCUAAGAAAAAAGCUCAAUGGGAUUUUAUCAAAGAUAUUGGACAGAACAUUUCUCAACCCUGUGUUCUUAUUGGUGAUCUUAAUUUCCAUAUACUAUAUUCUUCUUCAGGUGAUGGCUUUGUUAAUUAUAUCAUUCAGGAAGUGGGAAUGCAAGAUUUGAGUUUUAUAGGCAGAGAGCAUACUUGGUCAAAUAAUAACUUGGGAACUGGGAAAAAGAGAUCAAGACUAGAUAUGGCUUUUACAAAUGGUGCUUGGAGUCUACACUUUCAAGACUUUAAACUACUUCAUUUAACUCAAAACGGAAGUGAUCACUGCCCUGUGAUGUUAGUGACUGAUUACUCUCAUCCAAAACUUUGGAAGCCCUUUAAAUUCUUUCAGACUUGGCUUCAAGAUAGAACUUGUGCAGCUGAAAUUGCUAAGGCUUGGGAAAAAUCAGUUCAAGGCUCUCCAGGAUACAAGCUCAUUAAAAGACUUCAAUUCACCAGGAUUACUUUAUCUAAAUGGAACAAAACUCAUUUUGGAAAUAUUGAUCAGAAUGUGGAUAAUCUCCAACAAAAGCUAUCUGCAAUACAAGCUUUGCCUUUUUCUCCAGAUAAUACUUCAAAAGCUUUAGAAGUCAGUCAAGAGUUGGAUAAGUGGCACAAGAUACAACAUGAUUUCUACAGGCAAAAGUCUAGAGACGACUUUGUAAAAGAUAUGGAUUACAAUACUAAGUAUUUCCAUACUUUAACAAAGAGGAAGAGAGCUAGAAAUAACAUUGAUUCUUUAAAAAUAGAAGAUGGAACUUGGUUACAAUCCAGAGAUGAUAUUUCUAAUUUGCUUACUCAGCACUUUAAGAAUAUAAGUACUUCUCAAAAUACUACAAUUGAAGAACAAUAUUAUGCUCAUAUUCCUACUCAUUACAGAGGAAGAUAA